GCGUUUAUGAGCGUUUGCGGGAGCCCCGGGCGCGCGUGCACGUGAGGAAACUUUCUCUGUUGUGUGUUUUAGUGUGUGUGAGAGCUGAUGGUUGAUCUCUGUUCCUCAAAACACGCUUCUCAUCAUGGACUCGAUCUGCAGAGGCGUGUAAAGCGUGUGUGUGUUUGCGCUCAGGCUGGAUGUGUGUCUGCUCUCUCCAAUGGCUCUGGUCUUGGCUCUUCUUCUGUGUUUUUCCACUCAAUCCUCUGUUCUGGUGUCUGACGUCAUCUCUCCGCCUGAUGCUGCGCUAAUACCCCACACUAAUACUCGCCGCCUGCCUGACAUCAUCAUCAUCGGUGUGAGGAAGGCCGGCACCCGCGCCCUCAUCCAGAUGUUGAGUCUGCACACUAGCAUCGCCGCCGCCCAGAAUGAAGUGCACUUCUUCGAUUGGGACAGUCACUAUGAGCGUGGCCUGGAUUGGUACGUGGAUCAGAUGCCGGAAACGCAGCCGGGUCAGCUAACGGUGGAAAAAACACCCGCGUACUUCACCUCCAGAGGUGUCCCAGAGCGCAUCCGGUUAGCAAAACCUGACGCUCGGCUGCUGCUAAUCGUACGCGAGCCCACCGAACGCCUGCUGUCCGACUACACACAAGUCUACCACAACCGACUGGAGAAACACAAGCGUCCGCAACCCCUCGAAAAGCUUCUGAUGCGAAACGGAGAGCUCAACCUGGACUACAAACCGCUGAACCGCAGCCUGUACCACACACACAUGCAGCGCUGGCUCCAGGCGUUCCCCAUCACCAGCUUCCACCUGGUGGACGGAGACGUGCUCAUCCGAGAGCCACUAGCGGAGAUGCAGAAGGUGGAGGCGUUCCUGGAGCUGGAGCCGCAGAUUAGCCAACACAACUUCUACUUUAACCAAACUAAAGGCUUCUUCUGUCUGCGCGACGGGCAGCGGCAGCGGUGUCUGCACCGCUCUAAAGGACGCAAACACCCGCAGGUUUCACCACAGAUCCUGCACAAACUCCAUGACUUUUUUCACGAACCCAACCGGAAGUUCUUUGAGCUGGUCGGCAGGACGUUUGACUGGAAGUGAGACAUGUAGUCAGAAUUAUCUCCUGAAUAACUGGAACACCAUGAGCGGGACAACUGGAACGUCUGUGUGUGUUUGGGUUUAAAGGAAUACUGCUCUGUUUAUUUGGAAAUAUAAACAGUACCAGAGUUAAACAGGGAGAUUUACCAGUUUUGAAUUCAUUCAGGUGAUCUUUGGACACUUUUAGCUUAGCAUAAAUAAUUCAAACGGAUUAGACCAUUAGCAUCUUACUCACUGUGUUGGCUGCAGCUGUGGUAAGGCAACAAAGUUCCUUGAUUAUUACACAGAGAAAAUAUCAAGGUUUAAUUUCCUGUUAGCCUGCGUACAUGAGGAAACCAAGAAAAACAUCAAGCUUUAAACAGGACCACUAUCUAAACUUAUUAAUGAUUUUAGAGUGAGAUGCUAACGGUCUAAUCCGAUUCAAUGAUUUAUGCUAAGCUAAGCUAAAAGUGCUCCUGCAGAUUUGGAGAUUGUCUGAGUGGAUUAAACAAUGCUAGAACUCAACUUAACUUUUGGAGAGCGGUACCAUUACUCUGUUUACUUAAUAGUGGAGCGUCCCUUUAAAGGGUUAGUUCACCAAACAUGUACAUUCUGUUCUUUUAUCUGUUCAGGAUGUUUUCUAGACUUCUAAAGUCUCAGGACCCUUGCUGUCUCUAGGGGAUGAAGAGCUCCAGGAUUUCAUCUAAAAUAUCUGUUUCUGAAGAUGAAUGAAGCUCUCAGCAUUGAUCAUGAGGGAGAAUAAUUACUGACAGAAUAUGAAUGUGUGGGUGAACUGACCCUUAAAAUGACUUUAUACAGCACACACACACUCUUGUACUGCCUUAAAGCUCCAGCCCUAAAAAUAGAGCGCAUUAUAGUUUCCUGACAGACUAUGAAGAGUUAUCUUCUCUUAUUUUCACUUCUGAUGCAAAUCGACAUCAUUAAACCAACGUUUGCUCCUCUAAGAUCUUCCUAAUCUGUUUGAGUUGAACACAAAUGAAGAUAUUUAGAAGAAUGUUGAAAACUAAUUGACUUUCACAGUUGGAGAAUCUACUAUAAUGUAAGUGAGUGGCCUCCAGUGUUCAGGAUCUUUUCAGUUUCUCUUCAUUUGUGUUCAGCAGAAGAAAAAACAAGUGAAAGGGGAGUAAAUGAUUUAUUUUGGGGUGAACCGUGCCUUUAAGAGCUUCUGCUAUGAAUAAUAAAGAUAAACCUGAAGCGUUAGUAUUUGUCUGAUUCCCUUCAGAAAUAUAUCUAGUCAGAAUAAUUCAUUUAGCAUGUCUGUCUAAGAGUAUCUUGAGUUAAAGAUGCUGUGGAGCUGUAAUGGAGGUGUGUGCGUGCGUGCGUGCGUGCGUGCGUGCGUGCGUGUGUGUGUGUGUGUGUGUGUGUGUCCUGUUUUCCACUCAGAGAUCAGGCUGUGGAGUGUUAAAGAGUUUCUGAACGGUUGAACAUGAUGUAUGUCUAUAUGCAUGUCAAAUCCUCCAUUAUCCUGUGAGUGUGUGCGCAUGUGUGUGUGUCUAUAUCAGUAAUAUACCGCAGCACGUCCUCAUUCUGUUCUGCUUUCUGUGAUUAAAGCUUUUAUAUGAAGGAAGAUUCAAUAUUAAAGAUAUUUUUGCUAUGA